CCACCAUUGAUCAUCCGCCGUCUCCUCCGCCAGCCACGGUAUGCCAGCUAUGAACCGCACCCUAGAAUACCCAAUCAUCUCAACACUCCAAUACUGGCUAGUGAACCACCCCAAAAUCCUUCAUUUCUCAUGGAACCAGGGCCAAACCACAGCCUCCUCUCCUCGCUUCCUCACCUUGACUAUCCUUUCCUACCUCUUCUUUACUUAUCUCCUCUCCCAAGAACUACCUCGCUGGCCUCCCCUCCCCCGCCGCCUCCUCAAAUCCAUCUCCGCCAUCCACAACUUCACCAUCCUCACUCUCUCCCUCACCAUGGCAGUUGGAUGCUCCCUCUCCAUCUUCUCCUACUCCCCCAACUUCUCCUACAUCAUUUGCUUCCCUAAAUCCACCACUGCCACUGGCCCUUUCUUUUUCUGGGCCUACAUAUUCUACCUCUCCAAGAUCCUAGAGUUCAUGGACACCCUUCUGAUCAUCUUGAGCAACUCCAUCCAACGGCUGACGUUCCUCCAUGUCUACCACCACACCAUGGUCUUGACCAUGUGCUACAUAUGCUUAAGUAGUGCACAAUCUUCCUUCCCCAUGGGCAUAAUCACCAAUUGCAUGGUACAUGUGUUCAUGUAUAGUUACUACUUAUUAACUUCACUAGGGAUCCGCCCCAGGUGGAAGAGAAUGGUGACGGAUUGCCAGCUUCUGCAGUUCUGGUCGAGUUUCGGGAUUCUGGCGCUCCUUCUGUAUUUCCAUUUUACAGGAUCAGGUUGCUCCGGCAUAUGGAGUUGGUGCUUCAAUAUGUUCUUCAUCAGUACCCUUCUGGUCUUGUUCACAGAUUUCCAUACAAAGACUUAUUCUCUUAAAACCAAGGGUGUUUAAAUAUUUAAUUAGAAAAAAAUAUAUUAUUAAUAAUUAAUAUUCUAUCAUUAAUGAAUCUUUAAGGUCUUCAUUUUCUCAUACACUUUCCAGGGAAAUACACUGUCACUGCAAGAAAAUGGACAUUCUAUG